AUGAAGCUUGCUGCAUGCGCUUAUUACAAUUUCAAAGCAAUUGAACUUUUCUAUGAUGAUCUCGAUGCGCUGGCACGGUCCAUGUCCGCCCAGCCAACACGCGAUGAUCUUCUCAUGGCCGCGCGGGAAAUACGGGCAAUCUGUGACUCGUUGCAAAUUCGCGUCCUGAGCUUGCAGCCGCUUCAAUUUUAUAAGGGCCUGGUUGAUAGACGAGAGCGUGACCGCAUUGCCUACGAGGUCGUUCCUUUGUGGAUGGACAUCCUAGACAUUGUUGGAGGUGACACCAUCUUGAUUGCGUUUAACUAUCUCCCGGAGGAUCCCACUGCCGGCUACUCUCCGAUAGCCAAUGAUUUUGAGGUUAUAGCUGGGGACCUACGCCUGCUGACCACCAUGGGUGCUGCUCGAUUCCCGCCUGUCAAGUUUGAAUAUGAAGCCUUCGCCUGGGGUACAUACAUCAAUACCUGGGAGGCUUCCUGGGACAUUGUACAACGGGUGGAUCGGCCCAAUUUCGGGUUGGCCAUUGUUACCUUUAAUAUUACCGGUAUGGUGUAUGCUGAUCCGAGUGUUGCGGGCGGCCGAAACGGUCCUCAAGCUGUAGCCAACCUGCACCAAUCUUUCCAACGCUUAGCAACGAAACUGAAUCUGGAAAAGCUCUUCGUCGUACAAAUGGCGGAUGCAGAGAAACUGUCCGAGGCACUUAAGCCGGGUUACCCCUUUUAUGUGCCCGGGCAACCCUCUCGGAUGAGUUGGUCUCGCGCAGCUCGACAGUUCCUCUGUGAGGAGGACCGUGGCGGCUAUCUCCCAGUAUUAGACGUGCUGCGUACGGUCGUCAACAUGGGGUGGUCUGGAUGGCUGGCGCGCUUUGCUAUCCACAUCCCUGAUGGCGAUUUGACUCUUUGCGGGGAAGCUCGAUUUAUAAAUGCUUUUCCUCCUAUUGCUUUACCAACAGGCUCAGCAAAUAGAGAUGGUUCUUUCGGUCAUGCCCUCAUUUUGCGGCGUAAGGGACCAGCUCUUUACAUCCGAAAGAGCCGUCAGUCACCAAUUACUCUGUGGGACUUUUCCGAUAGAGGCUACAGAUCUAGAGUUACUAGACUUUACUUCGACAACUAG